AUGCAGGAUCUGGAUUCAGAGCUGAAGGACAAGUACAGUAGUGUCGAGGAGCUGAUCACACAGAAAGCAGAAGGAGUGGCAGAGGCCAAGAAAAGAGCAGAGAAACUCCAACAGGAAGCCAAAACUCUGCUGCUACAGGCCAGCGACAAACUCCAGCUGCUAAAAAAUCUUGAGAAGAACUAUGAUGAAAAUCAGAAGCUGCUGGAGGACAAGGCCAAUGAACUGGUGGAUCUGGAGAAGGUCGCCAUCAAGUACGUUUGCAAAAGCAGGGCGCCUGAGACGCUGAACGUGCAGCUGCUGGAGUGGUUCGACCAUCGCAGACGCUACACCAUGAUCCUGGAGCGUCCCGUUCCUUGCCAAGAUCUCCAGAGUUUCUGCGAGGAGAACGGAUGUCUGGAGGAGACUCUGGCCAAGAAAGUCCUGCUGCAGCUGAUCACGGCGCUGAAACACUGCAAGAGCCGCGGAGUCCUGCACCGGGACGUCAAACCGGAGAAUCUGCUGAUCUCCACUGAGUCCCACGACAUCAAGCUGAUGGACUUCGGCUGUGGAGAUCUGCUGCGAGACUCGGCCUACCAACACUUUGCAGGCACUCUUCAAUACGCCCCUCCUGAGUGGUUUCGGCAGCAUCUCUAUCACGCAGGACCGGCUACGGUUUGGUCGGUCGGGGUGACGCUCUACAGCAUCCUGUGCGGCUGUUUCCCCUUCAGAGGAGCACGGAAGGACACCUCCAGAAGAAGACUGCGCUUCCCUAGACAGCUGUCUAGAGGCAAGAGACAGACGUCACGUCCAGAUCCAGGUGAAGCGUGUGCUUUUGUGUUGCUGAAGACUGUGUUGUGUGUAACAGAGUGCCGUCAGCUGAUUGGCUGGUGUCUCAGUGCAUCGGCAUCAGACCGGCCCAGUUUAGAGGACAUUGAGAGCCACCCCUGGUUAAAGUGAACAGGUGUAAGGCCGGUGACACACACUUUCUGAAUCACAGCAGUCACGGCUGGAUUGUGUCGUUGGGAUCAGUCUAGAUCAAUGCUUUCGACUGUUUGUAUAGGGAGAGCAGGAGUGUCACAGGAAGUGCGGAGAACUGCUUCCUGGUCACCUUCUGUCCGUGAGGGGCUCUGUGUGGAUCCUGGAGGAGCUGAACACACAGCACCAGCAGAAACCAGAGCCUGAGAUCAGAUAGAGAU